CCACGUCCUUUAAAUACGGCUUUCCGGCCCGCUCGCGGGUGAGGAUUGGGGCGGAGCGUGUGUGGUGUGGGGUCUGCGGCCGGCCAGGCGCCGCCGCCGAGCGCGAGUUGAAUAGAUGCUGGAGCGAUCCUGCCUAUCUUGAAGCCUUUGCUGCCAGGUAACUCUAGCACGUGUGCUAGAGUGAAGCAGAAAUCUAGGAAAAUGAGCUCCUGUAUAUCCAUGAGUGAACCAAAGCUGAACUGGGACGUUUCCCCCAAAAAUGGCCUGAAAACAUUUUUCUCUCGAGAAAACUAUAAAGAACAUUCCAUGGCUCCAAGUUUAAAAGAAUUAUGUAUUUUAUCUAACAGACAUGUAGGGGAAAAUUUGAAUGCCUCAGCAAGUUCUGUAGAAAAUGAGCCGGCAGUUAGUUCAGCAGCUCAAGCAAAGGAAAAUGUUAAAACCAGAGUUGGAAUGGUUCUUCUUCCAAAACCAAGAGUGCCUUAUCCUCGUUUCUCUCGUUUCUCACAGAGAGAGCAGAGGAGUUAUGUGGACUUGUUGGUUAAAUACGCAAAGAUUCCUCCAAAUUCCAAAGCUGUUGGAAUAAAUAAAAAUGAAUACUUACAGUACUUGGAUAUGAAAAAACAUGUGAAUGAAGAAGUUUCUGAAUUCCUAAAGUUUUUGCAAAAUUCUGCAAAGAAAUGUGCACAGGAUUAUAAUAUGCUGUCAUGUGAUGCCCAUCUCCUCACAGAGCAAAUUUUAAGAGCUUGCAUUGAACAAGUAAAAAAGUAUCCAGAAUUUUAUACUCUUCAUGAAGUCACCAGUUUAAUGGGGUUCUUCCCGUUCAGAAUAGAGGCAGGAUUAAAAUUAGAAAAAACCCUUCUUGCAUUGGGCAGUGUAAAGUUUGUGAAAACAGUGUUCCCCUCAAUGCCUGCAGUAUUGAAGCUCUCAAAAAGUAAUGUGUCUCCCAUCGAAACUCCAGAACAAAUCGCUGAAGCUAUGCACUAUGAGAUUAAUAAAGAUCCAAAUGCAGAGAAGCUUGUUUCAAGAUAUCAUCCUCAGAUAGCUCUGACUAGCCAGUCACUAUUUACCUUAUUAAAUAAUCAUGGACCAGACUACAAGGAACAGUGGGAAAUUCCAGUUUGUGUUCAAGUUAUACCUAUUGCAGGUUCCAAACCAAUUAAAGUAAUUUAUAUUAAUUCCCCACUUCCUCAGAAGAAAAUGACAAUGAGAGACAGAAAUCAAAUCUUCCACGAAAUUCCAUUAAAAUUUAUGAUGUGCAAAAGCACAUCUGUUCCAGUUUCUGCAGUAUUUAUGGACAGACCUGAAGAGUACACAUCUGAAAUGGAUACAUCCAGUGAAGUUAAUGAGUACCGAAAAAUUGAGACUCUUGAAAAUUUGGAUCUGGAUUUUGAUGAUGAUGUCACAGAACUUGAAACUUUUGGAGCAACCACAACAGAACCAUCAAAGUCACCUAGUCCAGCAAGUACUUGCCCCGUACCCAUCAUGACACAUACGCUCCCAGCCCCCAAAGUAGCUGCUACCCCGGUGGCACCACCUCUAGGAGAUCCCUCUGCUGAUACCAGAAGUUUAUCUCGGAUUCUGAUGGAACAAUUACAGAAGGAGAAACAGCUGGUCAUCGGUAUGGAAAGUGGCCCCGAAGAGUGCAGAAAUAAAGAUGACCAGGGACGUGGACCACAUGGUGAAAAAGUGUCCAAUUCCAGCAAGUCUGUGAUGCAAGAUAAUGACUUGACAUCUGAUGCCUUGCAGUUGGAAAGUUCUAAGAAAAUUCAAAACUCUGAUGCAAAUGAUAUGGCUACAGAUGUGGUAUGUGCUGAUGAUGAAAGACUAAAUGUCCUAGAGAACAGAGACAGUUCAAAGGAAAAGCCUGCCACAUCAGAAACAGCUGGAACUGAAACAGUAAUUCCUUGCAGUAGUGAUACAGAUGAGGACUGUUUAAUCAUUGAUACAGAGUGUAAAAAUAAUAGUGAUGGAAAAACAGCUGUUUUGGAUUCUAAUUUAAGUUCUAGACCAGCAACUCCAAAUUCUUCCUCAGGAAAGGCUUCUGUAGGAAACCAGGCUAGUACUACUCACAAUCCUGAAGAAUUGUGUGUUUUAAAAAAACCUAUCAAACGAGUAUAUACAAAAUUUGAUCCAGUUGGACAAAUUUUAAAAAUGCAGACUGAACUCUUAAAGCCAAUUUCCAGAAAAGAACCUGAAUUCCCCUUAAUGAAUUUAGAAAAUGCUAAACAGCCACCUGUUUCUGAGCAACCUCCUACUGCUCCUCUACAUGCCUCUAGUUGGCCAAAAUCUGGGUGGCCUUCUGCAUUUCAGAAGCCAAAAGGACGAUUGCCAUAUGAACUUCAGGACUAUGUUGAAGAUACAUCAGAAUAUCUAGCUCCUAAAGAAGGAAAUUUUGUUUAUAAGUUAUUCAGCCUGCAAGACCUGUUGUUACUUGUGCGUUGCAGUGUCCAGAGGAUAGAAACAAGACCACGUUCUAAAAAACGGAAGAAAAUCAGAAGACAAUUUCCGGUGUAUGUUCUACCCAAAGUGGAAUAUCAAGCUUGUUAUGGAGUGGAAGCUUUGACUGAAAGUGAACUUUGUCGCUUAUGGACUGAAAGUUUAUUGCAUUCUAACUGCUCCUUUUAUGUUGGACAUAUUGAUGCAUUUACUUCAAAGCUUUUUCUCCUAGAAGAAAUUACCUCUGAAGAAUUAAAAGAAAAGCUUUCAGCACUCAAGAUUUCAAGUUUAUUUAACGUCCUCCAACACAUUCUGAAAAAGUUAAGUAGCUUGCAGGAGGGCUCGUACCUGUUGUCUCAUGCAGCAGAAGAUUCUUCGCUCCUGAUCUACAAGACCUCAGAUGGAAAAGUUACAAGGACAGCAUAUAACCUGCACAAAACACAUUGCGACCUUCCUGGUGUGCCUUCCAGCCUCUCAGUCCCCUGGGUCCCCUUAGACCCCAGUCUCCUGCUCCCAUAUCACAUCCAUCAUGGACGGAUACCUUGUACUUUUCCACCAAAAUCCGCCAGUCCUACACCAUCCCAGAAGGUUGCUGGAACAAGAAUGCCUACCCACAGCCGCAGGAAUCCAGUUUCCGUGGAAACCAGAGGCAGUUGUUUGCCUGCUCAGCAAGUUGAAAAUGAAGGAGUGGCUUCAAAUAAAAGAAAAAUAACUUAAGGGCUAUGACAUGGAAAAUUAAAUUUCACAAAAACCCGGUGGAACAAUUGUUUAGUUUUGAAAAGUUUGAGGGGAAGUGUGCCCAAAAGAGCAGUUGGAGAGAGGAGCAUUUUUCUUUUUGGUACCUUUAAGAGUCCAGAGUGCCUUGAAAAAAAUGUGUGGGCUGAGUGGAGGAAUGUUUGCACUGACUCGGGGUGGUGCGCUCUUCACCCUUAAGCCUGACCGAGGAGCUAGGUAUGGUUUCACUUUAUCAUGGCAGGGAAAUAAAGAAGAGAAGUAUUUUUAUAGUAGACCUUCCUGAAAAAUUGUAAGUAGGAAAAUAAUUUGUUUUUUUAAAGGAACAUUUAUCAUUAUGUAUUAUGUCAGUAAUUUGAGUUGUAUCAUACUCUGCAGAUCAAAAGGUGAAAUAUUGCCACUGCCAGAAAUAAUUAUGAGUGUUGUAAACCUUGUCUCUGACUGAGUUUGAGUUUUUUAUACUACUUAAAGUGAUGAUGAUUGCACAUUAAUAAAGGUAAUGCCCUGAAAA